AUGCUGUGUUCUAUAUUCAUCGCAGUGAUUUUAGGACUACUAACUACAGUCACUGCAUUGUUUAAUGAUCCGCUGAAAGUAUUAGAUGUUGGCGAGGAUAAACCUCUAGUUGUUAGGGAAUCAGAAAAGCUAGCUUUAAGAAGAAGGGGAGUUCGAUUUAUAGAUAUAAGCAAACACGGCACUUUACCUUGGGGCAAAAAAUAUACUAAAUUCGAUGAGAUACCGGUAUACAACUAUCCAAAUCAGCUGACAAAUGGGAAGGAAUUUCAGGAGUUGGCCUCAUUUAUAAAUGGAAAAGAGCUAUACGAUAAUUUAGCAAAAUUUACAAGUUUUUUCACUCGAUAUUAUAAAUCACAACAUGGCUACGAUUCUGCCAAGUGGCUGUCUUCGAGAAUUAACGAAACAGUAGCAGGGCUGUCAGAAAAUGCAGUGCUUGUAGAACAUCAUUAUCAUGAGGGGUGGAUGCAAUUUUCCAUUAGUGUAAGAGUAAUAGGAAUUGAAACUCCAGAGAAUAUAAUCAUGAUAGGAUCUCAUCAGGAUUCAAUGAAUCUUUUAUUCCCAUCCUGGAUAGCCGCACCGGGGGCGGAUGAUAAUGGGUCUGGGACAGUUACCGUGCUUGAGGCAUUGAGAGUUUAUUCUGUAAUUUUGCGCAAAGGAUAUCAACCCAAGAAUAGCGUAGAAUUUCAUUUCUUUUCUGCCGAAGAAGGUGGGUUAUUGGGUUCAUUCGACGUUUUUAGCAAAUACAGAGAGGCUGGUAAAAGUGUUGUUGCCAUGUUACAACAAGACAUGACGGGAUACGUCCCCGACAUGAAAGAUGAACAUGUUAGCAUCGUGACAGAUUUUACAUCAGAAGCACUCAAUGAUUUUUUAAAAAUUGUCAUUGACACGUAUUUGUUGAUACCAUUUAAAGAAUCAACUUGUGGCUACGCCUGUAGUGAUCAUGGCAGCGCCAUUAAGAAUGGGUUCCCAGCUUCCUUUGUUUUAGAGUCUGUUCAUGCUAAAACCAAUAAGUAUAUUCACACAACGAUGGAUACGAUAGAUAGGCUCAACUUUGACCACAUGAAAGAGCAUGUAAAGCUAGUGCUGGGAUUUAUUAUUGAGCUUGACAACUGGAAAGUUGAGAGAAAGUAA